AUGAACAAGCCUAUCGUUGGUCCUGAUCCAGCUUCGGCCCUUCUAGCACUCAAGCUACGUAUGGACACCUGGAGAGUGCGGUCGGUCGAUAACCUUGCAGAACUCUAUCAAUAUGCUAAGGCCCAGGGCUACGGCGAUCUAGGCGACAUGCAGCUGUUCCUCAGUAACCAUCUGCGUGGCUUGACAUCACCACCAACAGGGUACAAGCUUGUAUCGCACCAAAAUCAACCUGUCAACUCAACUACAGAGACAGCUAGACCUGGUUCCAAGAAGUCCGUGUUCAAACGAUUUCAUGAUAAGAUACGGGGUCGGCGGGCAAUGCAGGAGUCUGACCAAUUCAUAGAGAUGACCUCAACGCCUGCAAUAUCUAUUAUUGAGGCUGAGAAUGUCGUGAUGUCUGGUGCAAUAUCACCAUCAGAGGAAGUCAAGCUUUCUAUCGGCACAACGACGAGUGCAAAUCUGCUCAAUAGAUCGUCAUCAGCUAGUGGACAUGAGCGCCAAAGGAUGGCACCUUUACGGCCAACCAUGUCGACAGUUCUGAGAUCGAACCAGCGUGAUCAUCGGACAUAUUCUAUGCCAAUCCUUCCCAGUGGUAGCAUAGACAAUGUGAGCCGUGAGCUGGAAAAACGAUCUUCAUGGAUUCAAAACCUGACCAAGGAGCACUAUCAGCCGCCUGCCAACACGGUCACAUUGUCCCAAGCACCUCCAGAACCACUUGCAGCUUCGAAUAUGAAGUUCAACCUGCCUCUAGUUCCUCCACUUCCACCUAUGUCUCCAGCACGAACAAUGGCUCAGGGGCGUAGAGCGAGCUUAAGCUUGUCGAGGCCUCCGUCGCCAAUUAUGGAAGAGGACCUGGUUGUUAGUGGUCAGUCCGCGCAAGGGAAGCCCCCUACACUACCGCCUCAGAACCCAAGAAGAUUUAACGUUUUCGCCACCACUAUCAAGGACGCAACGAGGUCCUUGAGCAAAGCUCACCAUGCCCAUACAACUCCAGUAUCCACUGCUUUAGAGGUCCAGGCCGGUUCAAAAGAGUGCAAGCAUGCUCUUCUGCCGUCACACGUGUUCUUCAGCUGCAAAACAUGUGGACGGCUAAAGUCAAAUGGCUCAACCAUCGACUUGGCCCAACCGAAGACACAAGCAGUGAAUAUGAAGCACGGUCGCAGUCUCUCACUUGACCUCGAGAGGCAGCGACGUGGAUCAGAGCAGAAUACGGAAGAGCAGCGACUUAUGGACCUAAAGCGAGUCCUGGAACUCAAGCAGUUGGAGCGAGCCUGGUCUCUGACUCGAUUUCCUAGCCUGCGGAAACGGGACGAACAGGCGGCUGUCGCAGCCCCAAAAGCUGCGGAGAAGCCCUCAAUACCCCUACGGACUGCAGCUGAGAAGGAGCCUUUGGCUAGAAGCAGUCCGUCCAAUUACGGCAACAGGUCGGCACCAAAUCUCAAUACUAGGCCAGAAUAUAAUCUUAUGCAACGACCUUUUCCACCGUUAAAUAGCACACCUUUACAGAUGACUAGUUCUGGAGGCACCUCCCAAACCACUGCAAGUCUGACAGAGUCGCCUACAGAGCUUCCAACACCAGUUUCAGUGGCUGAACCUUACUCUGUCAACACAGUAGGCAGCAGCAUGGGACUCGUCAGCAGCCGUAACAAGGAGAUGCCACCAGUUUCAAUUCUUCGAGCUCAAGGAGGUGACCAGGGAUUGCUCUCUAGAAUUCUGGCUAACCCCAAGGCUAUCGAUGGCCACCGUGUACCGCUGGACGAAAUGGUCCUUUGCACCAACGACGAGAGAAUCAUCGACAGCAUUUUGGCAGAUAUCUCUGCAGACAGCGAACCAUAUUCUACUGAUACAGAGACCUCAAAGUGGCCAUAUGUUCGACAGGAGACGUAUGAGGCAGAUCUCCACGAUGAACCAGGUUCGAUGACAAUACUCACCACUGCCGAAAGCAACGACAGAGUAGCUUCCAAAGAUGUGGUGAAGAAAAGCUUAAGAAAUAGUCUGAGAUUAUGGAGCAUGAAAAAGAGCACGCAAGUGUCAAGUCCUACACAGGAUUCGACUCAGACUCAAGCCAAUGUUCUCAUCCUGGAUAGCUCCGGAACUUUCUCGACCUUGGCUUCACCAAUCGACGAUGGUAUGGAUUACUGGCAAGAGAAAAUGAUGGAGAGGGCUAGAACACCGAUGUGCGAACUGCCUUGA